UUUGUUUCAUACUCUUUUGUUAGCCAUGCCUAGCCUGCUGGUUCUAGCAGGGAUCAUGGAAAAAAACGGGGGCUACGGCGGGGCUCUGGCCGGCUCCGGGUUCGGGACAGAGGGGCUCCUGGCGCCGCCAGACGAGGAGGAGGAGGACUCCCGUGCCCUGAGGGUCGCGCUGGGCCAGCUGUCCCUCCUGGGGCUCGGGGAAGCCGAGGACGGUGGUGGAGGAGGAGGUGGAGGUGGCAAUUCUGGCAAUGGGGCACAAGAUCGGAGUAACAACAAUGCCCAUCAGCACCCCAGUGGCGGAGGCGGUGGCGGGGACACGGUGCUCCUGCAGGGGAAGAACAAGUUGUGUGUCCUGUACGAAGGGGCAAGUGAGUCCAAGGGACGGGGUUGCAACAUUACCGAGUGUGUCCCGGUGCCCAGUUCGGAGCAUGUGGCCGAAAUAGUCGGCAGACAAGGAUGCAAGAUCAAAGCCUUACGAGCGAAGACCAACACAUAUAUCAAGACACCAGUACGAGGAGAAGAACCAGUGUUUCUUAUCACAGGCAGAAAGGAAGAUGUAGCCCUUGCCAGACGGGAGAUUAUCUCGGCAGCAGAGCACUUUUCCAUGCUCAGAGCAUCACGCAAUAAGUUGGGAGUCACCUUCACAGGUUCCCCACCCAGUAUGCCAGGCCAAACCACUAUCCAGGUCAGGGUACCUUACCGGGUGGUAGGGUUAGUGGUUGGCCCUAAAGGCUCCACUAUCAAACGCAUACAACAACAAACCUGCACUUACAUUGUUACCCCUAGUCGAGAUCGAGACCCUGUGUUUGAAAUCACUGGGUCCCCAGGGAAUGCUGAACGUGCCCGUGAGGAAAUCGAAGCCCACAUUGCCUUCCGUACUGGGGGCCUCCAUGACUUAAACAAUGAAAAUGACUGUCUCCUUGGUCAAACGGCAGAAUCUGGAAUGCUUGAAAACCGUCUUCAUCAAGUUUGGGGCCUACAGGGCACUAGGAAGCCACUUUCCAGCAGCUACCGGCAGAACAGCAGCCUUGAAGACCCCCUGAGUGCUAUAUAUGGGAAGACCAUUGGGGAUCAUCAUGAUUUUGGAAAUGAGAAGCCCUGUUCCUAUUUUACUUCCACAGCUGACAGUGUGGGCACACAUUGCUGGGGUGAUCCAGAGUAUGGUAAGCCAGUAGCUUUCUAUGCCCAACAGCGAUCCAAAAGUUUUGGUGGCCUUUCAUUACCCCUGGCCAGGUUGUCACCAAGCCUGCAGGAUCCAUCCUCAACUUCAGCCCUGGGUCAUUCUCAAGCCAGACGGGCACACAGUGAGCCUAUUUCAGCUUCCGUUUUUCCAAGUCGAAUCAGCUUGGGUCAAGGCCUGGCAGCGCCAGAUUCUUCUCCCAGCACCCGAGACUGCAUGACCUGUUUUGAGAGCAAGGUGACCGCUGCCCUAGUGCCAUGUGGGCACAACCUCUUCUGCAUGGAGUGUGCCAUCCGGAUCUGCGAAGUUGCUCACCCUGAGUGUCCGGUCUGCCAUACGCUGGUGACGCAAGCCAUUAGAAUAUUUUCCUAAAAUAUCAAAGAAAUUCAAUAUUUGUUUGUAUUUUCUUUUUUUUUUUCCAAGUUAUUUUAGAUUUAUUAUUGGUAUAAUUAUUUUAAUAAUUUUUUAAAGAAAAAAAUGAUUUUUGGGCCUUUGGUUGAGCCAAUCUAUUGACUCUUUAAAAGCAUAUUUUUCCAUUUCUUUUUAUAUUUUAUAAAGAUUUUUUUUAAAGAGAAGAAUUAUUAAACAUUUUUUAACAUUUUUGUUUUUUUAAUUUUGUAUUUUUUUUUUAAUUAAUUUUCUUUUUCCAGCUCUGUGAUGAAAGAGCAAACGAUGUGAAUGAAUUUGUCGGGUAUAAGCAUAAGCCUCUUGCAACUUUUUCAUUAAUUUUUGGUUCUAUAAUGAGGUACAUCUUUUUUUUCUUUUUUUUUUUUCUGUUUCUUUUUUGUGCAGCUUGCCUGCUUUUAAACGGGAUUUUUUUGGCCGUCAUUUAAAUCUAGAUAGGCCUGAACUGCUGUGUGACCGAAUGAGGAUAUAUUUCUUUUUUUUUCGUCUUUUUUUUUUUUUUUAAGCAGUAUCCGCCUCUCUGAUUCUUACUACUUGUUUGAGCCAAGGCGCUAUGUUUACACAGGGUACCCUCCUAUCAUCGGGCGCCUUCCAAGAGAGAUGGAGCUGGGACUUGAAAGUAACUUUAUUUUUUAUUAUUGUCUUUAUGUCAUUUAUAUAGUUUUUGUUAAUGCUGGUGCUAGAGAAAGAUUUUGUUCACAGGCCUUUGAAAACAGCAAACUAUUGUGAUUCUGCAAUAUGUGUUGUGUUCUGCAGGAAAUGUUUUGCACUGAUGUUCCAAAUAAGGAGUGGACUGUACUGUGGAGUCCUGUUGUGUGUGGGAUCGGGAACUGAUGGCGGGAGAUUGGUAUUGGGGAGGUUAAUAUGUCAAUAGCAGGAUCAGUUGUAUUAGACUAUUUCAUACUGCAGUAUGAUACAGCUGAUCAUUUGGAGCAGACAGAUCAAGACUAAUGUGUCUAAGACUAAUAUGGGGGCGGGGGGUUUGCGGUGGUGACAGGUUUAAUUUUGUUUGCUGCAAAAUCUAUACAGUGCAUAGCAAUGAGAGGAGUCUUAGGUGUUUCCUGCACAGCCAGUACAGCACAGAGUUGGGGGGAUCCUUUAUAUUUUCUGUGCAGGUAAUGCUGUAUUUUUUGGUAUAAAGUUGGACUUGUAUUUUCUGUACAGUUCUUACAGCUCACAGAGUUUUGCAGUCACUUGAUAUUGCCCAGAGCAAUGAGAAUCUUUUGUGCUGAGUGGUCUCAUUGCAGAGGGGAGGACAACAACAGUGCAAAAUAAUAGAACCACCUGAACUGUGAAAAGUCACGUCGCGGAUCUCACAGUACUGUGCAAAAUGCAGUUGUUUUAAUUGAUAAAUUUGUUUUAAUAGAUGCAAAAAAAAAGCAAUUCACUCUGGUUUUCUGUACUCUGCAGAUCAGUUGCCCUGCUGCAGGUCUUCUCCAACAAGGCUGCAUUUAGGCACUGUGAAUACAUACCAUAUGGGUGCAUUUGCAUGUUAAAGGGCUGCACCCAUGUUCACCUUGGAUUGGCUGCAGCUAAUUCUGCAGAGUUUCAUGGCGUCAUCUGACUCGUCACUAGCAUUGAAUUACCAAAAGGUACUUUUCUAUACAAAAGUUUUUCAUUUUUUUUUGUCAGUUUUCUUGUAUUAUUUUUAAAACGUUUACUAAAAUUUAAACAUAAAAAAUACUAUGAAUUAUAAAGAAUGUGGGAAAGGGUUAGGGCUGAGCUGACUGAAUAAUUAUUUUAGAGAGGCAAAGAUGCACCUUAUUGUUAACAGAAAAAAUGAAGCAUUGCUAAUGUAGUUAUUUAAACCAAACCGACCAUUGAUGGUGAUAAUUCAACCCACUUCUUUUUAGUCUCAAGUCAGCUGUCAUUUACAUUUCUUUAAAGUGUCCAAUACCCCAUGUGCUGUUACAGAGCCCCUUUCUUAUGUUGCAAAAUUGUUCCCAGUGAAUACUCCAGUUAUACAGCCAAGUCUUCACAAAAGCUCCAGUUGGAAAAAUUUUGCCAGGGUUUAGUACUCCAUUUAUAGGUAGCUCACUUGAAGACUGGUAAUCUUUGCUCCGUGCACCAAUGGACUGGAUUGGUUG